UUUUUCUUUGUAUUAUAUACAGACAUAACUACGCUAGUACUGAAUUAAAUUUAGUCUACAAUAUCAAGUGUUCCUUUAUUUGUUUCACGCAGUAUAGUUUUGAGCGAAAUCGCACUAGGUAGUAAACAGAGCAAUUGCGCUAAAUAAUUUGACUGUUAAUUAGCGCUACAUAAUUAGACCGUUACAUGGCAAUACAUCCAUUUACUGGUAAUUAUGUCAAUGGAAACAAGAUAAUUUAUAAGUUGUUGUUUUGUCAAAGACUGUUGGGUGAAGCACAUUCAAAAGCAAUCGUAUUACUUCCAGAUAAUUCGGAUAGAGCGAGUGAGAGAGAAAAAAUUCGAAACGCGCCGUUUCCAUGGAUGAGCCAAAAUCCAGACAGGAAUGCUAUGAAAAAUACCGAGAGACCGUUUCGCCGGCGUUCUUCUGCGAUGCAACCUGGGACAGCAUGCUCUGCUGGCCUCCCACAAUGCCCGGGAUGACCAUCCGGAAGCCGUGUCCAGCCGUCCCGGGCUUCGACGUCACUCAAUUUGCAUACAAGAGCUGCCAGAAGGACGGCCAGUGGUACCGGGUUCCAACCUCGACCAGGGAAUGGACGAACUACACUAACUGCGAGGUGGAGUCCUUCACGGCGCGGCCGAAACUGGCCAGCAGCAGCAGUCGGGAGCAGCUGUUCCCCUUGAUGAGGAGCGUCGACGUCGUUGCCUUCGUCCUGUAUUCCAUCUCCGUGAUUGCCCUCGCCGUCUGCGUCGUUCUUUUCUGCUGCAAUACGUCGAGGAGGACUCGACGUCACCAGGUCCUCAUCCCUCUGAUCGUGUCGGCGAUGGUCCUCUCGCUGGUGUCCCUCGCAGAUCUCUCCAUCCGCGAGAUCGAGAAGGCGAACGGCCUGUCCCUCAGCGCGGACGCCAAUGUCUGCCAGGCCAUAGCGUUCCUGACGCGUUUCUUCCAGAUCGCCACGUCGUCGUGGAUAAUGGCGCUCUCCUUCAACUACCUGAUUCCCGCCAUGAAGUACCACUUCCGGUCUGGACGUCUGCUGCUGAUGUACCUUCUAGGAUUCGGCCUGCCUCUCGUGUUCACCCCGGCAUGGCUCGCCACGGCCAGAUACAUUCUCUCGAAGAAAAAAUUCUGUUUCUCUCACGCGGUCCACGCCACGCACUGGGUCGCAGACGCGCCGAUGCUCACCUGCCUGGCCGUGUCGUCGUGCGUGUUCGCCGUCAGCGCCGUCGUUGUUGUCGCCGUCUGCAGUCGAAAACCUCGGAAUACCAGCAAGACCUUCAGCGGACGCGAUCCCUCGGGGAGUCUAUUCUUGAAGCAAGGGUGCAUCAGGGGAUUGUGUCUGGUGCUGUACACCGCGGCGGUUCACACCUACCUGGCCGUGUCGUCGAAUCUGGACACUGGGAUUGACGACGCGGUAAACACCUACGUCGAGGUGGUCGUAAAAAGCACCUACGGCCUCGUCGUCGCUGUGGUUCUCGGUUUCCUGGACACGGAGAUUUGCUGUUGUGGACAAGAACCGCCCGAACACCUCAUCGUGGAAGGAAGCUACAGACUGCGCUCUGGAAAAUUCUAAAUUCCUAUAGAAACCACGGAAAUGAGCUCUGGUAAAUUUUAAAUUCCUAUGGCAACCACGAAAAUGAGCUUUGGUAACUUUUAAAUUCCAUCGCAACCACGGAAAUGAGCUCUGGUAAAUUCUAAAUUCAAUGGCAAUCACGGAAAUGUGUUGUGGUAAAUUUUAAAUUCCAUGACAACCACGGAAAUAGCUGUGGUAAAUUUUAAUUUCCAUACCAAACACGGACAUGAACUUUCAAAGUGACUUUGGUAAUUUGUAUUUAAAUUCCAUGGUAACCAUAAACAUGCGUUCUGGUAAUUCCAUGGCGACCACAUCGACAUGCAUUCUUGUACAUUUUAAGAUCUGUGACAACCAUGUAUAUGUGUAUAAUGAACAAGUUAAAAUUCCAUAGCAACUAGGAACAUGCGCUGUGAUUAAUUGCAAAUUCCAUGGCAACCACAUACGUGCGUUCUAAUAAUUUUUUUUAUUUCACGUUAACCACGGACAUACGAUCUGAUAAUUCCACGUUAAUCACGGACAUGUGUUCUGGUAAAUUUUGAAUUCCAUGGCAACCCCAGACAUCAGUGAUCAUUUUUUUUAAUCUGUGACAACUAUGUAUAACACUAUGUGUAUCGACAAUUUUUAAUUCCAUGGAACCCACGGGCAUGUGCUCUGGUAAUUUAUUAUGCAACUUAAAACUCUUGAAUUAUA